AUGUGUCAUCAGAUCAACUAUACCCUCCCUUGCGAGCACGUCCGCACCCAUACCGUCUACUGCCCAGACGCGACAAAGAGCAAGUCCAGCAGCAGUAGCAGUAGCAGCAGCAGCAACAGCAACAAACAUUCAUCGUCCAAAUCGUCGUCGAAAUCGGCAUCCAAGUCUUCGUACGGCAAGAGCGGAGGCAAGUCAUCCGCAUCCUCUGCCUCCUCGUCCAGCAGCAAAAAGCCGUGCAAGAAUCUGACACAGCAGUCAUUGCCUUACCCGACCCCACCGUCGUUCGCGGGUAGCCCGAUGACAGCGGCAAGUUCCCCUCUGGUGCCAAAAUGCCCGCUUGAGAGCUGCCCCUUCGAGGCCAAGAAUCGGUGCUGGAACUGCUGCUGGUGCGGCAAGGAGUGGAAUGAAGCCGGGCGGUGCAGCUGCAUUAUGAUCAUCGAGGGUAACCACGUUCAGACAAGUGGUGCUAGGAACAGGCAACCGAAUCGGGGUCGGGAAGUCGGACAAAUGCAAGUCAGUCGGUCGAUAAGCGAAUGA